AUGAUGAUUGUGGUGCGGCGGUGGCGAGGCGAUCGUUUGUUUAUGACCAUAGUUGAAAAUGAGCGACGAUUAGAAUCCGAACCAUCGCAUCGGAGAGUAGCUAGUGCCUGCCUUAGCAAGCACGCCGCGAUCGCGCGAGAGCGAGAAUAUCAAUGCCAUGGGAGCAAAACUACGAACGGGAUCGAUGCAUCAACUACUAGUGCACUUAAGCCGCGGUUUAGUACACACAGCAGCGCAGCGCCCGUUGCAUCACCGCGCUUAGGAGGUUGCAUCGAUUCGACACAAACACACUCAGCUGCGGCUCGUCGGGCGGCGACUCGGGGAAUGAUUGUUAGAAUCUUGAGGCGGCUUUUUGAAUCGCGUGUUCUUGAUGGUGGUGGUCGGCUGGCGAUGAUCGCCUGCAGUGAUGACGGUUGGUUAGAUCGUUGCUGCUGCUGCUGCUGGUCGGGACGGGUUCCACACUUAGUAGGUUAGUACGCGUCGAGGGCAACAGCGGCUAAUAGGCGGGCGUCAGUGUUGUAGCGCGUGUACUAAACGAACCUCCCGACCCUCGCCGCCGCCCCCUCACACCAUCCAGGGACGCGCAGGGUUGUAUCCCGUUGUUUAUAUAAGUUAGUUGGAUGAUGUUUUCUUCUUCGUUCUGUGCCUGUCUGUUGAUCUGCCCGUUGCCUUCUGCUGCUGGCUGGCUGGUGCUGCUCAUAUGGUGAUGUGUUCCCUCACGGAUGAAAAUGUUCGCGCGCUGCUUCUCUUCUCCUAAGCGCGCGCUGCUGGUGCUGUUGCUGCUGUAAGGGCUUAAUACUAGAUGCUUUGGACGAAACGAGGCAUUUCGUGUUAGAACGCUGACUAAUGUGAACGUGCUGAUUGUUGCUUCUAAAGUGUGUUACUGGGUACAGAGUGCUAGUGCAAAUUUGCUGGUGGCCUUAGAGAGCAUUAUAUUGUCAGAAGGGAGUCCCGCGCGUGUCCCACUUCGUCGCAGGUCGCAGUUCUUGAAGCGUUGAAGAGCGACGUGACUCGAUGGUGGAAGUAAUUGAUGGUUGAAGAGUUCUAGAGUGCAGCAUCCAUUCCAAUUCUGUGUGGUGAUUGAAUUAGCCUCCAAAGAGGAAUUAGUACGAAUAUCAACGUCGCUUCUGGCUGGUGAUGACUAAAUAGUUGAUUGGAACCACACAUUCGAUUCAGUCAUGUGAAGAAGAUUCUUGGCGUUGCUCAGUGAAGCGCGGCGGAGCAAUUUGCGGUGAUCGACGAAAAGGGCGUGACUGUCACGCGUGCACACAUGUGACGGUCUGGGGCUGGAAUUUUUUGACCAUUGGCAACAGUUGAAAGCCGAAAUAACAAAAAGUGCAUAUUACCAUUUACCAGUGUGUUAUCCGUUUUCGUCAAUUGCACAAAGGAGCUUCAUUCAGCAGUGGUUGGUUCGGAUCGUUCCGAAGAAAGGAAACGAAAUCAACGCUCAAGAAGAUCGCUUUCAACGCACAAAGUGAAGAGAAAGAGUGAAAGACGGGGCACAAUUAUUCCAAUUCUCGAAAAAAAGGACGGCACCACUCAACAUCUGGCCCCUCGUCGUCGACGUCGUCGUCGGUUGUCGUCUUCAUUUGGCCUCUCCCCGACUCGGUGUUCAGAUGGCAAUGUGAGUUUUCGAACCCAUAAACGUGUGUUUUGUGUGUUGGUUGGUUUUGUGCGCUAUUUUUAGAAUGUACUAACUUCAAAAACACUCUUUUGCUUGCUGUGUGUAUAUGUUACUCUUCUGCUGCCUAGGCUAAUAUACAAUUAUGACCAUCAUGCAUUAGAGACAUACCCCAUAUGAUAUUGUGAUUGGGAGAGGAGCCAGAGCGCUCUGUGUGUUGUAUCUAGGCUCUUGGAACGCGGGAGCAAAUUUUGUUUGAUUAUCUCAGCGACUAUGUUAUCAACAACCGGGAGGACGCAACAGCAGAGGAAUAUUACUAGCCCGGGCUGUUGUUGCUGCUUCAACUGCUUUGGCAAGGCGAUAGCGAUAUUCAUCACGGCGCGCUGCUGACGAAGAACGAAGAACAAAUGCUGGAAUGAAUUGUCAUUGACACGCCAACGCAGCUCCCCAGCGACAAUCCUGAAAUAUGGAUGCGCCAUCCAUGGUCCAACGUGAUGGCGACAAAUUGAUCGUACGGCGCGUCGUCAGUGGCGACGAAGUGUUUCUCAACCAGCUCGAUUCGCCUUCGUCGGCGUCGUCCAGCAAGGACCAACACCAAUCGUCCGCUUCGAAUCAAUCGCUGGCGGAUAGUUUGAAGAUCUACCCCGGAGAAGAAGAUCUCAGCAAGUUUGGUUUGAUUUUGGAGGAUAGUAGUGGCGGCCAGAAGGGCGCAUCCAGUGAAACCGGUGACAGCACCGAACAGCAAUUGCCCCAGUGUAAAAUCAAGCGGAACUAUUCGUGUAGCAAUUGUACGUACUUUACCCAGAAUCCGCGGAAGUAUUUGACUCAUUUGCGCGACGUGCACGGCGAGAAGAUCAUUAUCAACGAGUGCAAACGAUGUCUGUACGCGUCGCGCCACUACCAGAAGCUGGUGCGCCACAUGAAGAUGGUGCAUGGCUCGACGGACGGCAUCAAGACACCGUUUAGUUCGCGGCGCCGUGGAACGUUCCGGAAGGAGUACUUCAAGAAGAACAAGUUCAAAAUGAACACCAAUGAGAGUGACUUUUACAAUCAAAACAGAGCGAGUUAUUUGGAACAGCUGAACAAGAUGCUGCGCGGGGCGGCUGGUGGGGGAACGGGAGGUGAAAGUGCAUCGGAUAAUCAAAUUUAUUUAGCGAACUAUAAGCACGGUCUAACACUGGCGGACCCGUCUCAACAGUUAUCGCAGCUGAAGGGCUCAUCAAACAUAAAUAUCUUUGCUGAUAACGGCGGAACCUCGUCGCUCGGGCCGUGCGCUAGUACUAGUGGUGAUUCAAGCAGUCAGGUAAACAACGAUCUACUGGCCAUGCUGCAGCACAAUUUGGUGGAUAAGAACAAGCAGCUAACGAUCACCCCCACUUCCAUGGCUAGCGGAAGUGGUGGCGGCGGUGGUAGCGGAACGGAAAUGGUUACGAAACAGAAGAAGAAGGUCCGUCCAAUCCCAGAUCUGAUUCCGCUGCACAGUAUUGGACAACUGCAUCUGCGUGGCGAGGUUGGGAAGACGUACCAUCUAAACCCCGAGGUUACCAUAAAAAGCCGUGCUGCUGAUAGUGAUAACAAUAAUUCCGUAGAUGCGGGAACGUCGGGGAAAUCGUUCGUCAUCGAUGAUGAUGAAAGUCCAAUCAAUUUGACGGCAGAUCUGAACGGCGAUAAGAGUUUGCAGCAUCAGUGUAUUUUCUGCCAGAUUAUGGUGAGAACGACGGAUGACUUGGCGCUGCAUUUGCGUACGUUUCACAGCGAGGAACUGUUUGCGCUACUGCUGCAAAAGAAACCCGAAGAUAGUGGACAAACCGAGCUGCAGGCGUACACGGCGGAGAGCCUAACGAUAGAUAUAUGGAAGAGGCUACUGGAGAAUAACAAAGCUAUAUUGGAAGAACAAGAGUCCCGUGAAAACGAUAGCGAAAUGCAAUCCGGGCAGUAUUCCAACGACGAAGAUGAUGCUGAAACAGUUGAAUCAGCAAUCAGUAAAAAUGAGACCUAUCUUGGAGUGGAAACAGCGCCCGGAUAUGGAGAAGUCACGAGUAAGUACAACAUUGACGACGGUCCCACGCAAACAUCGGUGAUGAAGAAGGUAUUCAAGUGCCCCCAUUGUUCAUUCUGGGCCUCGACGGCUUCCCGGUUUCACGUGCAUAUCGUAGGUCACCUGAACAAAAAGCCUUUCGAGUGUUCGCUUUGCUCGUACCGAUCGAACUGGCGCUGGGAUAUUACCAAACACAUCCGUUUGAAGACCAUACGAGACCCCAGUCACAAGAACGCCGGAGUUCUCAUGAACGACGAAACCGGUCGACGAAACUACACCAAGUACAAUCGGUACAUUACGCUGAUGAAGGUCACCGACAACAACUACAAAGACAGUUCAUCCAGCUCGAAAUCCAUGAUGGAAACCAGUCAAGCCGACUACCUGGCGAUGUGCAAAGCCGGAGACUCGCCAGCCAGCCUGAACAGCCUGGCCAAGAUGUACUCCAGUGAGGAGCUAGCGCAGGCCUUCAAUCUAGCUUCCAUGAACCAGAUGGCCCGAUUCGAGCCAGAGAUGCUGCAAAGCCUGGUGGGACUGCCGCCGAAACCCUUGCCAACCGAAGAUGCUAAAUCGUCGCCCCAGAAGGCGUACAAGUGUAAAAAGUGCAAUUUCAAGAACCCCUUCCGCGAGCUGGUGUUGCUGCAUAUCAGGUCAACCCACAUGGCCAUCGACAAAUCCAGCUCGGCCGAAGCCGAACUGGACCUGCUGCCGUGCGACCAGGACCAGGACGUCGAACCAAUAGAAACCGGCCCCACAGCAACAAACAGUACGCUAAAUCCACAAUCUCCGCUAAGACCAUCAUUAUCACCACUGUCGGUUGUUGUUAGUCCCAGAAGCGAAAGCGGUAACAUCGGUGGUUUGACCGGUGCCUCGCCCAGUGCUAGUACCACACCUAGUGUGACUUCCGGUUCGGCUAGUGGUUACAAUAGUAACAAUUAUACUACUAACGCUACAUUAAUUGGUGUCGGAUUAAACUUUAGCCAGGCAGUUGUAGCUAAUGACAAUCGGUUGGGAACUACCUAUACUCUCAGUAAUACUGUUAUACCCAGUGUCGUGUUUGGUGGCGAGGUGAACACUACUGCUAGUACAACUACCCAAUCUACUACUACUACUCUAAGCGCUAGUUCGGCCUCGGCUAGUACUACCAAUACCAAUACCACUACUACUCCUCCCUCUACCAGUACUACCAACACCAACACCACCACUCCCACUACCCCGGCGGGUGGCAAGGGGGCGUCCAACUCGUGGCGUCCGAGUGCCCCGUAUCGGUGCGGUCAUUGUCAUCAGGUGUCGAAUUGGAAGCAUGUCAUUCAGAGGCACUGCCGUUUAAAGCAUAACGGCAACGUGCUCAUCGAGAUGGUCAACAACAGCUCCGCCAAACAGUCACAAAACGUAACUGAUACACGCAAUUUGAAGAAAGUGAGAAAGCCAUUUCAAUCAUUCGACUCAGUUUCACAGGAUAUCCCCGUUCAGCCGGUCACGCUGCACCCGAUAGAGCUUGUUCCGGAGGUGAGCCUAAUCGUCCAGGACGUGCCACUCCUGCAGCCUCCCCCGCUGGCCCUCAUCCCGUUCGAAAACACAAACAUCAACAACGUAGUUCCCCCGAACGUUACGAUAGCUCCCAGAAUACGUACCAGAACCCCACCAAUGACCAUGACGUUCAUCAACUUGACGGAUGACUCCUCCCUGGAGCCACCAUCGUCGCUUCCGACGCCCAUGCAAACCGACAGUGCCCCCACCAGUGAUGCUACCGCAGAAGAAUUCUAUGAAGAACCGAUGGCAACACAUCGAAUGAAACGAUACCAGUGCGAUGCUUGUCCUUACGAGACAGACAGCAAGACCCAGUUCGCUUACCAUAAGUCUUUCCACAAACCACGUGGCGAUCCCUAUAAGUGUAACAUUUGUUCAUAUAACGUCACCAAAAAGCACCUGUUAAUACAGCAUCAGAAGACACACGCUGAACGAGGCGUUCCCUCGACUAGUUCCAGCAGCCAUCACAUUACGAAAUCCAAAGUGAAACCAUCGGUCCCAGCUCCAGUGGGCAUUGGUGAACUCUCGAUCGUGAUGGGCAAUGAAACCAAGUCGACCGGAUUGACACCAGCCGACAUUCUAGACCUGACGAAGAAGAUAAGAGACGAAGUGAGCAUAACGCCUGCCGGAGGUACCCCAACCCUUUCCGAUACGAUCACCAUAGACGAGAAGAUCGUCUACUACUGCGCUUACUGUCCGGCUAGAUACUUGGACGAAAGUGAGAUCGUUAUACACCAGAAUCGUCACACGCAAGAAGAAAAAUAUAAAUGUGACCUUUGUUCGUUCUCGACGUGCGACGAAUCCGGUGUAACGACUCACCGGAAUGUCCACUCGGCCAACUAUCGGCGAGGAACCAGGGAGCUCCGCAAGCUGAACAUCGAAAGCGAUACGCACCCUCGAAGGAGACUAGUCCAAAUAGGCGAUGCCGUAGAAAAGCUAUGGGUAGUUCAGGAUGACUACGAGAGGCUUCACAGCAUGCAAGUCGAAUCGCCCGAACCGGACCCGGAGGUUCCCCAGCGUAGAGUCACCAGGUCCAAGAACAACAGUCCGUCCAUUACCGCCGCCGUCACGGAGAUCACCAAGGAACCGAAAGUGUACAGCUGCGAGCACUGCGACUACACCGACAGUUCGGAGUGUUCCUUCAAGGAUCACGUCAAGUUUCACUUUGCGGCCAUCCUGUUUCCGAAGGUGAACAAGUACGCAUCGCUGGACAAGUCGGGGGAACCGUUUCGGCUGAUUGCCACCUCCAAGGCGGAUCCGCAGGAUUCGUUCGAGCUGAACUACGACUCGGAGGAAGCGGUCAAGGUCGGCGUCGGCAGCGAGUGCAAUAGCACCGAUAGGAUCAUUAUCGAAAUCUAGAGGAUAGUUGUUGUGUUCUUUUAGAUGUAACUUUUGAUCGGGGGUUGUAGGGGACAUG